AUGUCCAAUUUUAAGGAAAAGUUUGUAGAAGGUGAUCUAAGAUAUAUAAAGAAACAGUUAUCCUUAUCCAAUAAUCUUGGAGAUAUGAAGAAUGAACCAGAUGACAAUUCAGCUAUGAAAAAGAAGGCUGAAAUUAAGGAAGGGUCUAUUGAAGGCGAUCCAAGAUAUAUAGACAGUAAUUUAUCUACAUCAACAUGUCUUGAGGAUCUGAAGAAUGAACCAGAAGAUUCAGCUAUGAAAAUAAAGGCUGAAAUUAAGGAAGAGUUUUUUGAAGGUGAUCCAAGAUUUAUAGAGAGUCAGUUAUCCACAUCCAUAUAUCUUGAGGAUCUGAAGAAUGAAUCUGAAGAUAACUUAGACGCCAACAAUUUAAAUUUGAAGAUACAACAGUUGUUGCCAGGGAACUUGGUAUCAUACAAAUCUAUUGAUACAGUUUGCGAUGUCAGCGAAGCUGUCAAUUUUCCCAGAGAAUUUUUAAACUCACUGGAUUUGCCAGGCAUGCCACCGCAUAAUUUACAAUUGAAAGCUGGAUCUCCAAUUAUCUUGCUUCGUAAUUUAAACCAGCCACGGCUGUACAACGGUACGCGAUUAGUCAUUCGAAAAUUGAUGAAAAACGUUAUCGAAGCCAGCAUUUUAAAUGGCAAGUUCAAAGGUGAAAAUAUAUUAAUACCACGGAUUUCUAUCAUACCUACAGAUGUGCCAAUUCAAUUCAAACGAAUUCAGUUUCCGAUUAGAUGGGCAUUUGCAAUGACAAUCAACAAAUCCCAAGGCCAAACGAUGUCUAUUUGUGGCUUAGAUUUGAGUACACCAUGUUUUUCACACAGGCAAUUGUACGUAGUAUGCUCUCGAGUGGGUAAACCGUCCAGUUUGUUUGUGCUCACUAAAGAUGGGCUAACAAACAAUAUUGUUCACGAUAUAGCAUUAAGAGAUUGA